AUGAUCGCAACUGGCGUUUGUGGCGUCGUCCUGGUGCUGGUGUUGGUGGUUUUGAUCCCGGUCGUGGUGAACUCCGCCGGGACACCAGCCCGCUACGAGAUGCUCGGAUCCUGUCAGAUGGUGUGCGAUUCCCACGGGACCGCGGCCACGGCCACGGCGAAGGCGACCAACACGAUCAAAGACAACCGCUUGGUUCAGUCGCUACCGACGUUUAUCCAGGGUCCUCAAGGCGAGCCAGGGCGCAUGGGCAGGAUGGGUCCGAGGGGCCCGAGUGGCCAACCCGGACCACCCGGCCCUGCUGGCCCGCCCGGGGAGAGAGGGGAACCGGGUCCCCCUGGCCCGCCCGGAGCAAAUGGGCCCACCGGUGCCAUCAGCGCAGCCACUUACAGCACCGUCCCGAAGAUAGCGUUUUAUGCAGGGUUGAAGAAGCAACAUGAGGGAUAUGAAGUGCUGAAAUUCGACGAUGUGGUCACUAAUCUUGGCAACCACUACGACCCUUCUUCAGGGAAAUUCACCUGUUCAAUACCCGGGAUUUACUUCUUUGUUUACCAUGUGCUCAUGCGAGGCGGGGAUGGAACCAGUAUGUGGGCUGACCUCUGUAAAAACAACCAGGUGAGAGCCAGUGCCAUCGCCCAAGACGCCGACCAAAACUACGACUAUGCCAGCAACAGUGUUGUUCUCCAUCUGGAGCCCGGGGAUGAGAUUUACAUCAAACUGGACGGUGGAAAGGCGCACGGAGGCAACAACAACAAGUACAGCACCUUCUCUGGCUUCAUGGUGUACGCCGACUGA